AUGGCAGAAAUAAAAUACCAUUUGCGUAUUAACAGUUUUUGGAAGGAAUACACUUCGUGGACCUAUCACAGGGACACGACUCCAAUUGCACAAGUAAACGAUGUUGCGCCACAAGACGGUAUGGUAAACGUCAUUGAAGACAUUAGGGGGGAGCGUAUGGAAGAAGAUACAUACCUUAACCAAGAGAACUCGAAUGGAGAUAGUAGCGGUGUUGUUGAUGAUUUUGAAGAUCUGAUAAAGGAAGCUGAAACAGAAUUAUAUCCUGGUUGUACUAAGUUUUCUUCUAUCGACUUUUUAGCAAAGCUUUUGAAUAUAAAGGAUACGUACCAUUUUCAAAAUGAAGGAGUAGAUCGACUCCUCUCGUUGUUGCGAGAGUCAAUGCCAGAAGGCAACAAGAUUCCCCCUUCGUAUUAUGUAGCUAAGAAGACAUUUAAGAAGAUUGGUUUGGCAUAUGAGAUGAUAGAUGUGUGCACAAAUGAUUGUGCUCUCUUUUGGAAAGAAAACGAGUCCUUGCAAAAUUGUCCCGUUUGUAAUGAGAGUCGAUGGGUCGAUAAAGACACAAAAGGCACGAAGGUGGCUCGUAAGGUGCUACGAUACUUUCCUUUGACGCCUAGACUACGACGUUUGUAUUGUUCAAGGCACACCGCGAAAGAUAUGAUAUGGCAUAGUACCGGACGAUCGGAAGAUGGGACUAUGCGUCAUCCAGUUGAUGGAUCUGCAUGGCAAGACUUUGAUAAAAAGUACCCAAACUUCGCGAUGGAGCCACGAAAUGUUCGCUUAGGGCUUGCAGCUGACGGUUUUAAUCCCUAUAACAACGGUAGUGGAUCCUCGACUCAUAGCACGUGGCCGGUUAUACUCACCACAUAUAAUCUGCCUCCCUGGCUAUGCAUGCGAGAGUCCACAUUCAUGUUGACCUUGUUGAUUCCUGGCCCUAAAUCACCGGGGAAAGACAUGGACGUUUUCCUUAGACCGUUAGUGGAUGAGCUUAAGCAAUUGUGGCAGACAGGUGUACGUACUAAAGACGCAGCAACAAACACAUACUUCACAAUGAAGGCGGCGUUGUUAUGGACCAUAAAUGACUUUCCAGCCCGUAGUAGCCUAUCAGGUUGGAGCGGACAAGGCUACAUGGCAUGCCCAACUUGUAACCAAGACACUCCUUCAAUACGUGUAACUGGUAAAUGUGCUUAUGUUGGUCAUCGCCGGUUCUUAGAUGCCAACCAUCCUUGGAGAACAAGUCUCGACUUUAACGGGAGACCCGAGACACGAGACCCUCCGAGACAGUUUAGCCCAGCUGACAUAGAAGCUCAACUAGGUCGUUUAAUUAAUCGUCUACCAGGCAAGCAUCCAGAUUUUGGAGAUGGGUUUGGAUCUAAUAUCAGUAAGAGGGUGACAGAUAACAAUGCUAACAUUACCGGGUUGAAAUCUCAUGACUGUCAUAUCCUCAUGCAACGUUUGAUACCGAUUGGGGUUAGAGGGCUUUUGACUAAAGAUACAUCUACACCAAUAGUAGACCUUUGUAUGUUCUUUAAGCAACUUUGCUCUAGAACACUAUCGGUGGAUGAUAUGAAGAAAGCAAAGGAUGACAUUGUUACCAUCUUAUGCAAGUUAGAGAUGAUCUAUCCACCUGCGUUUUUUGACAUUAUGGUUCAUUUACUUGUGCAUUUACCUGAUGAAGCGAUUGCGGGAGGUCAAGUAGCUUUUAGAUGGAUGUAUCCAUUUGAAAGGUACAUGAAAAAACUAAAGAACUAUGUUAAAAACCCGGCAAGGCCUGAAGGUUGUAUAGCUGAAUGUUAUGUGUUUGAAGAAGCUCUAACAUUUUGUUCAAUGUACUUUAAAGAUGUUCAGACUAAGUUCAAUCGCCCAGAUAGAAACGAUGAUGUCGUUGUUGAAAAAAGAAAGUUAUGGGUGUUUGAGUCCAAAUGUCGUUAUGUUGGCGCAAGAAAGGAGAAAUAUCUAUCAUUCAUCGAAAAAAGCAAGAUGGAAUGGUUUGUCCUCAAAAACUGCGCAGAAGUUAGGGAGUACAUGAAGUGA